UGCAAGUAAAAAUAUAUAUGGCCGACAUCGUCGACAAUCGUCGACAUUGCUCGAUGAAAUAUGAAACUCCGUCGCGCGUAGCCGAGCGUAAAUCUUUUGUAUUAGUUGACGCACGAUUCUGGAAUACAAAAAAUAAUUCAAGAUACGUAGAUUCCCUUUUAAUCGUCCGCCCGUAAAAUCUCUCGAGCUGUUCGCGCGAUCGAGAGGCUAAACCUCUGACAAAAAUGGCGUAUCGCGGUGUGAAGGGCUCCGAUCCGUUUGUGUCGAAAACUUCCCGAAAUGAACGUUUCGCGCAGAUGUCGAAGCAAGAGCAGAUCAUUCAACAAAAGAAGAUGGAAAUCCAGGCGAAAAUGCAGGAGCAAAAAGCGAAGGAAGCCGUGGAAUCCAUGAAAAAGUCAAGCUCGUCAUCGUCAGCCUCGACCACAACAACUAGUAAAAGUGCUCCAAAGGAAGAUGAUGACAAGCCUACCAUGAAUGCGUUUGCCAAUGACGGCAGUUUCCUCGAUCAGUUUAGAAAGAUAGCCAACAAAACGACCAGCAAACAAGAACAGGAUAAAGAAGAUAAGAGAAAAGAUGAGAGAAGCUACGAAGCUGUUAGAGAGAGAGACAGAGAAAGAAAGCGCAGUAGCGAAAAGAAUAGAGAUUGGGACAGCAGACGCGAUCGCAGAAGAAAUGACACACGAUGGGGAAGAAGUUCAGAUAGAAAACACAGCUCGUCGUCGAGUCCAUCGCCUACCAGGCGAAGAUCGCCACCUAGUCCAGAGACGCGGCACAGCUACAAUCAGUCACAGAACGGACAGCGCGCUCAGCAAUUUAAUCAGCACGUCCCAAUUCAAAAUAACAACCAUGUCUCUUCCAUCCCGUCCCUCAUGUCGCAACCGGUGCAGAUGCAAAUGACAAAUAUACCACCCCCAAAUAUAAGGAACAUGACGCCAAACAUCCCAUCUGCGCAUAUGCAGAGGAUACCGGUGUCGAAAAAUUUUAGCAACACAUACGCUAACAUGAACGAGCAUUCUAAUAAUGUGAGAAUGCAGAUCGCGCCCCCACAUAUCAUACGUCCUCCACCACCUCCUCCCAUUCAGAGCAUUCCACCUAAUACAAAUGUUCCACCUCCAAAUAUGCAGAUGUCUCAAGCUAUGCCCAUGCCCAACUUAUCCUCGCCGUCGAACGCGCAACAGCACAUCAUACAAAAUCCGCAGCAAUGCAACGUACCACCGCCGGCGUGCAACGCCAGUUUACAGCCUCCGAAUAUUCCUCCGCCUAAUAUUCCACCGCCCAACAUUUUGCCACCGAUGUCGCAAAUGCCUCCGACUAUGAUGCCUAUUACAGGCUCGCAGGCCAUCGUAGUAACGGUAUCAAACGUAGCCAAUGUUCCACCCCCAAACGUGAUAACGUCCAUGAUAAUGUCAGCACCUCCGCCAGUGCACACCGUCCCAUCGACGAUCAAUUCGGUUCCACCUCCAAACUUGAAUAUUCCACCGCCAAAUAUCCCACCUCCCAAUGUCAUUCCUAAUGCAGCACCAACGCGCGGUCUUAUGUCCAGUGGCUAUGCUCUUUCCAAUCAGGUACCUAUCUCAGUGGGUCCUCCUAACGUACAAAUACCACCACCUGUAAGACCGCCGGCUAAUCUACAAAGUUCCGAACAACAAGUGUGUUUAGUAGAGGCUGAGCAGCUGGCACGAAUCGUGGCUGACUGUGGGGAUGAGAUAGAACAAGAAGUGCGAGAGAAGAAUGCCCAAGAUCCUAAAUUAUGGUUUCUGCACCAAAAGCAAAGUGCAGCGUAUCUGCAGUACAGGGGAUUGGUUUCUAAAUUACGUGCGGAGAAGCCAGAUAAGGAUAAGAAGAACAGUGGUGCAGAACUUUAUUGUCCUGAAGAAGCUCUUAGUGACAAUGACGAGGCAGAUAAAUCUCAGAAAUCUCAUUCAACUCCACAUGCAGAUCAGUCAAAGGAUGAUAAUAGGGAAGAACGGAAAAGAAGAAAACGUAGUCGCUGGGGUGAUCCAGACAAUAAGGUUCUCGUUACGGAGACAAACGUACCUUCUGGUAAUAGAUCAGGUGCUGUACUUCCGCAACCUGGCAUAGCUAUACCCGGACAAAUUGGGCAGCCGGCAGUUAUAAUACCUUCUCCGUCGAAGAGACAACAAAUUAAAUCAAAGAAUCCAAUGCUUACCAAGAUUUCACGGAAUGAUCCUGCACUUAUCCAUUAUGCGAGACAGACGUUUGGUACACUUGAUUUAAGUGAAGAACAAUGGAAAAAGGCAGAGGAUCAUUAUAAGAUAAAUCUCUUGUACCAAAAUCUCUUAAGGAAAAGAGAAGAAGUGAAACGUUUGGAAGCACAAGGGAAACAUAAAUACGAGUACGACAGCGAUGAAGAGACGGAAGGAGGAACUUGGGAACACAAACUGAGGUCAGCUGAAAUGGAGGCGACACAGAUGUGGGCCGAGGAAUUAACCGCGCAAGCGGAAGGCAAACAUCACAUUGGCGAUUUUUUGCCGCCGGAUGAGUUAAAAAAAUUUUUGGAACAAUAUAAUGCCGUAAAGCAGGGAAAAGAACCUGAUUUGAGCGACUAUAAGGAAUAUAAGUUAAAGGAAGAUAAUAUAGGGUUUCAGAUGUUACAAAAGCUUGGCUGGAGCGAAGGACAAGGGUUGGGUAGCGAGGGUAGUGGUCGAAUUGAACCAAUUAACAAAGCGACGAAUAGACUCGAUAGCGCAGGUCUCGGUUCUGAAAGACCAGAUGGUGUAUCUAGGGACGAUGAUGAAUUUGAUGCAUAUAGAAAACGGAUGAUGCUUGCUUAUAGAUUCAGGCCUAAUCCAUUGGUAAGUAUCACGAUUGUUACAAUAAAAUAACGGAAACAAGAAAAUAUCUAAUGGCUUUUAAUUACUACGUUUUCUUUUUCAGAAUAAUCCAAGAAGACCUUAUUACUAGAGCUAAAAUAUUAUCACUAAACUAGUAUUCCUUUUAUUACCAAACAAUGUAGUAGAUUGUCUUUAUUUUGUAUAUUUGAGAUUGUAUAUUUCAUUUUAAAAUAUAUCUCUUAUACAAUUUC